CUCCGCCGUUAUGGGAUUAUUAUCACACACCGACAGGAUCUGGGGUUUACAUUUUUAGAUAGCAGUUCCUCUCCAAGCCAUCUGUACAGACAUCGCAAUAACUUGUAAAAGGUUGGGUACCAUAUAAAAACAGUGGAGCUGAUCACUCAAACUGCACUGCGGAGUACACCAAGGGACACUUUACAAUGCCAGUACUACCAAGUCAGGAGAUUGCCACCAGAUUCCAGGAGAAAUGGAUGAAGCUUCACCCAGAAGACCAAGACAAUGUGAAUGGUUCAGUGCACCUGGAUGACAGUCUCACCAGCCUCCAAUGGCUCCAGGACUUCACCAUAGUCAGUGCGAGUCUAGAAAGCCUACCGGGCUACACUUGCCAACCGUACCACCUGCCUCAGCCCAGCCACCUGCACCCUCAGGGCUCCGACUCCCCCUCCAGUCCACCUGCUGGGGACACUGCAGCCUCCGGCAUGCCUCAGAGUGCAGGCAGCCCCAUCACCUCCAGUGCCUCAGCCAACAGGACUAGUUACUCCUCACUUCACCAGACAGUGACCAACAACCACCACCAGAUCACUGUGCCAGCCAAGUCCCUGGAGGAGGAAGACUUCAAGACCAACCACGAGGUGAAGCCUUCCUAUUCCUACGCCACACUGAUCUGCAUGGCCAUGCAGGCUGGGAAGAAGAACAAGAUCACACUGUCUGCUAUCUAUAACUGGAUCACAGAGAACUUCUGCUACUACAGACAUGCUGAGACCAGCUGGCAGAACUCUAUCCGCCAUAACCUGUCACUCAACAAGUGCUUCAUGAAGGUUCCCAGGCAGAAGAAUGAACCAGGAAAAGGGGGAUUCUGGCAGAUCGACCCUCAAUACGCAGACAUGUUUGUCAAUGGGGUCUUCAAGCGCAGGCGGAUGCCCGCCACCCAUUUCAACACCCAGAGACACAGCAAAACCCAAGGAUCAUCCCGUAAACGAAAAACCCAGGAGUACCACCAGCAUUGCCCCCAGACCCACUACACAGUGUCCCACAGAGGGGCAGGUGCUGGGAACAGAUGCAAACGUGGUGGCACAAAGUGGGAGAUAGUCCAUAAGUCACCACUGUUGACAGCGGAUCUCAGGGAACCAGAUGCACUGAAGGGAGAACUAGACUGGGCCAUGAUGUUUGACGACGUUCUGAAUGGGAGCAGCAAUAACUUUGAGGAUCUAGGGAUGAACCUAGCUCUGAACUCCCUGGGCUGUAAGGUGGAGCUCUCCCAGCAGGAUCAAGGCCGGGGCCGGCACCUGGGGAAGUGGUGCAACGGAGGGGCUGACUGGGACCACCAGCAGGCCUGCAGGUACAUGGAUGUGAGCACCAUGGGCUGCUACAGCAUGGAGGAGAUCCAGCAGCACCUCAACCUAACUGGGCUGCAGCAGCCGCUCCCUUUGGCGGUCCACCCACAGCACUUUGAGGAGCUAACACUGUUCCCUGAUGAGCAGCAGAGGCACCCCUGGGAGGAGCUGAAAGAGGAGCUGCAGGCAGUGCCUAUCACCCUGGACCAUAGCUUCUGUGAAGGCUUCUUCACUGAGAUGCAGCCAUGGGGGACAGCAGAGUCUUAUGUGUGACACCCUCACCCAGCACCAGCCCCAAUACUGAACAAGCACUCCAGCAGGCGGCCAGAGGACCUCGAUAGACUACUGUUUUGCUACAUUAGCAUUAUGGAUUCAUUCAGAGAAACAUACGUUAAUGAAUUUUUUAUCUGAGUCACAUUUACUGUGUUUUUUAUGUGCAUUUUCUAUUUGCUUUUUGAUUGUUUGCAUCCAUGAAACAAACAGGCUGUUUUUAUUGUAGCAUUGAAUGUCUGUUAUAGAACAAAACUAAUCUAUCCUAAUUAGCAACCACUUCGUUUUACAUGAAGGGUUUCAUUUCAAAAUGCUAUAUAUCCAUUUUCAGAAAUGUUGGUAAAUUAGCUUUUAUUUUUUAAAGAACUUAUGAAAGAGUAUGUUUUUUCACUGUCUAAUCAUGGCAUGAGGUUGUUCAAUGACAGACUUAUUUAUUUGAAUUCUAUCACUUGAUGGUUUCAUUUCAGAGAGACAAAUAAUCAUGUUUUGUUGCAAAACGCUAUGUAUCCGCCUCACACUCAGAGGAAUAAGUAGUACUUCUAGGUUUUACACAGUCAAAUGUGAUAAAUAAUUAUGUUUUUUAUAGAGAACUGUACAGAUUAUACAUUUGUGACAUCAAUAUUUAAACAACAAAA